CUUUACAACCUCCCAACAGGUAAUGACCCGCUGGACUACGAACAACGAUAUGCUGAAGAUGCAAGAGGCGAGGAAAUGGGUCCAUUUGCCCGCAUCUGGAGGAUCUUCCUGGAUGAAUGCACGAGAUUUGACUCGGAUAUGGUUGAUGAUUGGAGAGAUCGCCUGGAUGUGCUACUCGUAUUCGCUGGCCUUUUCUCCGCUGUCGUCUCAACAUUCGUCGUACAGACUUCUCAGAAUCUCCAGGCAAACUACGGCCAAGUCUCCGCGUCAUUCCUGUUCGAACUCAUCAACAUUCAGCGUGCCAUUGCUAAUGGAGUUCCAGUCAACGAUAUUCCUCGUUCCGAAUUCUCCCCUUCCACCGUAUUUACACCCAGUGUUCUUGAUUCAUGGGUGAAUUGGCUGUUUUUUACCAGCUUAUCCCUCAGUCUCAGUACUGCCUCGGUAGCAGUACUCACUAAGCAAUGGAUACAUCACUAUGUUUCUGUGCCCUCGGGAACUCCGAGAGAUCGCAGCCGGAUCCGUCACUUUCGAUACAUAGGAUUGCAGAACUGGCAUGUGCCAGUAAUCAUUGGACUCCUUCCUGUACUCAUGCACGCCUCCCUGGGCCUUUUCCUACUUGGCUUGACCAUCUAUCUU